GCGCCAAUCGUGUUUGUGGCCUCGUUAAUGUAGAUAGUCACGGAGUAUCCAACAAAGUUAUCGUACAAAGUACUUACAUAUCUCCAAAAAUAGCGAUUGCCGAUACGCAUUGAAAACAGUCAGGGGAUAUUGACAACGCGUAUUCGGUUAAAGAGACCGCCUUCUGGUCGAAAAAAAGAAACGCAUCGCGAUAUUUUUCUUUUAUAAAAAAAAACAAAAUGGGUCCACAAAGUGAAGAGCGAUCUGGUUUCAUCACGUGUAUGAAUGUAGUGAAUUCAAUAACUCACUGGGUCCUAGGUGCGGUGGCCAUACUUGCCAUUACUUUUAAUAGCAUGUUCGCUGGAUCUGCACAUUUCACUCAACAUGUAUAUCUUUGUGUAAUUGGCUACGUCGUCCUCAUGGCUCAAGGUAUUCUGACCUUCAGCCCUCACACCGGCUGGACGAGAAGCAUGCGGUACCAGGACAAGAAAGUUAUCCACUGGGUCAUGCAGGUUGCCGGGUCUAUUUUAGCUGUCACUGGCAGCAUCAUUCGAAUAGUCAAUGUCUCGAAUAACUUCCAAACGCCACAUGGGAUUCUUGGCCUCAUCGCAAUGAUUUUCACCGUCUUGAGUUUAAUCGGAGGCGUCAUCGGUCUCUUCAGCAAAACGGCCGCCAUCAAAAUUGGGCAUUCCUUCGCUGGAUCCGUCACACUCAUCGCAGCUUUCAUUUGCCUCUGCCUAGGCUUUGACAAAACAGUGGUUAGGCUCCAUCUUAAUGAUACUAUAGCUAAUUUAGCCAUCGCUUUUACUGUUAUAGGUCUAGUGGGGACUUUGUGCUCUGCUGCUAUGUCUAAUUUUAAUAGAAUUGUGUUACGAUAGGCAGUUAGUACUUGAAUUCCGCGUGUUGAUAAUUUUAAAAGAAGGUAUUUUAAUAUGAAUAUGCAAUUAAUUCUAAAAUUGUAUUUAUAAGUUAAAUAUUUCUGAAGUAAGGUACAGUUAAAGGCAUCAUUUCGACUAAACACUGAACUGAACGUUUGAUGCGCCUUCGUGAAACACUAUUGGUUGAAGAAAUCGAAUUCCGCUCGAGAUUGGUUACGUAGGAAUUCUAUCUAGUCCUUACGAAUGAAUAAGUCAAUAAAUUAGCUUUGUUAUUUAGCUUACAGUAUUUAAAUUAGGGGCUUAGUUAAUAAUCAUGACAUUAAAUGAGUAAAAUGACUAUUAUAUUACUAAAGCUUUAUUAUCUAUUUAACCUUAAAUUAAUUAAGUAUCUACUAUUUACAUAAAUCAAUACUAAUGAAUACUUUUUAUACUAAUGUUCAGGACUGCAU